GUUCAAUGUUGAUGAGAACAUUGACUUAUUGACCGAUGCUGGCAACACACCCAAAACAACCGCCCCAAUGAUAAAUUAGGGUCACGUGACUGGCUCACGCACUCCUCCGUGUUUGAUAUAUUGCAGUCCGAGUCGAUGCAGAUGACGCAGUGGUGAGGACUAGUGAAGAUGGCUCCUUUUCCAGACGAGGUGGAUGUUUUUACUGGCCCACACUGGCGAAUGAAGCAGCUUGUGGGUCUGUAUUGUGAAAAGCUGUCUCAAACGAACUUCUCCAACAACAAUGAUUUCCGUUCCUUUCUUACGUCGCUGUGCGCCACCUUCAAGGAGUUCAAGAUGCAUGAGCAAAUAGAGAAUGAGUACAUUAUUGGCCUGUUGCAACAGCGUUGCUGCACGGCCUAUAAUGUGCAUUCUGACAACAAACUUUCAGAGAUGUUGUCCCUCUUUGAAAAGGGGCUGCAAAGCGUCAAGAGUGAAUAUGAGCAGCUAAACUAUGCCCAGCAGCUGAAGGAGAGACUAGAGGCGUUCACGCAGGACUUUCUACCACACAUGAAGGAAGAAGAGGAGGUGUUUCAGCCUAUGCUAAUGCAGUACUUAACCUAUGACGAGCUGAAGGACCUCAAGAAGCAGGUGAUCGCGCAGCACUGCAACCAACAGCAAUGUGAAAGUGCUGCUGAGGUGCUGAAGGGCUUCCGUCUGUGGACCCAGGCCGAGGAGCUGCAAAAGGCUUUUAAAUAUGCUGAUCAUGAGAAGACUGAUUACGAUCUGGAAAAAAGCAGGAAUACUUCAACCCACAUCUCCCAGCUUCCUACAGAAAUCCUGCUGAGAUUCUUCCAUUUCUUGGGCCCUGAGGAUCUGUGUCGCUGUAGUCAGGUGUGCAGCUCCUGGUCAGAGCUGGCCAAGACCGGUUCUCUGUGGAGGCACCUCUAUCCGGUACGCUGGGCAAGAGGUGAUUAUUAUAAUGGUCCUCCUGGGGAUCUUGAUCAUGAGCCUGAUGAGGAGUGGGUGAAGAGUCGGCAGAACGAGGUUCAGGCCUUCCAGGAGUGGGACGAGGACGCUGAUGUGGAUGAGUCGGAUGUUUCAGGUCCCACUGAAGGAUCACUUGCAAUCAGCACCGCUCGGAGAGAGAAGAGGCUCCUGAACGGGAUUAUCCAGAACCUUCUUCCAGCCAUUGGUGCAUCUGUCAAGUCUGUUAUUCUUGCAUACAGUUCUACAGUCUCAAGUAAAAUGAUCCGUCAAAUAAUCCACCUCUGCCCCAAUAUUACUCAUUUGGACCUGACUCAGACAGAUGUGACAGAUUUUGCAUUUGACAGCUGGUCUCAUCUGGGAGCCUGUCACUCUUUGGAGCACCUGGACUUGUCCGGGUGUGAGAAGAUCACCGAUCACACCUUGAAGAAGCUGGCUGUUGGGAUGGAAAAUAUCACAUUCUCAACCUGCUCUGAAAAACAUGCAGAUCGACGAGCUACGUUGCCUAAAAGUUCCCCAAUACCCAUCAGGCUCAUGGAUGAGAGAAACCUGCAAACAGUCCGGCGGAAACGGCAGGCCAUCAUCUUCAAGCAUGGGACCAGCCGCUGGGGCACGGCUUGCAUCCCGACACAAGUCUGGGUUGUGGACACGUCGGACCUUGCUGACAUUGAGGACGCUGCGGAGUGGAGCCAUCGAGGUGGAGUGACUCUGACUGAACGUUUUUCUGAGACACAGCUGGUAGGAGGCUCAUGCUGUUGCAGAAGGAGCACAAGACACAGGACUCGCUCCGAUUCCUCCUAUUUGCAUCGGCAGUAUGCCAUGUCAGGGGAAGUGUUUUGUGGUCACUCUACCUGCUGCUCCAGUGACUUCAGGACUUUUACUGGGCCCCAAAAUGGGCCUGGCACGGCAGAACUGUGGACUACAUGCUCGCCGUUAGGGAGGCAGCAGUGUCUGGAGCUUGAGAACAGGACUGAGUGCUCAAAGGCAAAGAGAUCACUGAAAUUCCUCAGCCUCUCUGGAUGCUACCAAAUCACUGAUUUGGGCUUAAGGUCCUUAUCUCAACACGGAGGACUUCCUGUCCUGGAGCAUCUCAACCUGUCUGGCUGCCUCUUCAUCACUGAGGUGGGGCUGCAGGAGCUGGUGUCAGCCUGUCCUUCUCUCAGUGAUGAACACUUCUAUUACUGCGACAACAUUAACGGUCCUCAUUCAGACACAGCCAGCGGAUGCCAGAACCUGCAGUGUGGUUUCAGAGCCUGCUGCCGCUCCGGAGAGUGACCCGGUCAAGCCCUUCUCCCCGUUAUUGCACUUUAUCCUAAGAAUACCAUUUGCUGUAUUUUGCAUCACCUAAAAUGUUUUCAGAUCAAACUGCAUUAUUGCUCUUAUUAGUUUUUGAUUUGGUGAAGAGACUGGGUAAUGAUGGGUAUGAUAAGUGCAAGAGCACAUUCUGUUUUGGAAAAGGUAAAAGUCAUCUGGAGACGGGAACAAAGUACUGAAGCAUUCCUGUUUUGUCACUAGAAGAAUCCUGCGCUCUUACUGGUCGGGCUGCUCUGCAGAUCAACGAUGGUUCUUCUGGGACAUGAAUGGUUAUUGUUCUGCACUCGGAUCAGCCGACGCUCUGAACUCAGGCAGCUAGUAGAGGGUGUACGCAGCUACAUUUAUGCUUUAGACUUGUAAUUGGUAUUUGGGUCCUGAAACAUUUAGUUUUCAUGCACUCCAGUGGGCCAAAAGACUGACACCCAGAGAUCUGACGAGAUUAGACCUAGAGAUGCUCCUGGAGCGGUUUAAAGAUUUGGAAUAAUCUGUCAAGCUGCUUUUUUCAUACAUGUCCAGGUUGUUUUUCCUUGUAAAGCCUUGCAUGAGCUCCACUGUAAUUGUUGAACUAUCAAUAAAAGUGAGCGGUUAAACACA